AUUGAGGAAAUUAUGUCACACUAGUGGAGCAUGCUAAUGCUAAUGCUGCGUUCCAGUUUUACUGAGAAUUGGAAAAUUCUGACUUCCCAUUCAGAAAACCAACUGGAACGCCCUCGGAAGUCAGAUUUCCCACUGAGAAAAUGGGAGCAACUGUUGCGGGAUGUAAAAAAGUUAGCAAUGCAAAAAAAUAUCACAUUUUUGAGAAAAAAAAUCAAUGUUGCUGUAAAAAUUUCUACCAAAACAGACUAAACUGUUAAGUUAAAGGUGACCUAUUAUGCUUCCUUGAACAGGUUUGGAUAGGUUUAUGGGCGACACAAAACAUGUCCAUUACAUUUCUGCAAAAAAUUAUUCUUAGAUAAUGAGAUUUUAGUCUGUCUGUUCUGACUAUUUUGAACUGUUUUAGGGUGUCUUGUCACUUUAAAUCAAAAUCACCUGCUGCUGGCCACGCCCCCCAACUCAAUGUUUACACUGGCUUGUGAAAAUGGCUGCAAAGAGAUGCACAAUUAUACAGCAGUACAUCUUUGAAAAGCAGAAGUAGAGAAGUGAUUUCCAAAUGGUAAGUCAAAACCAGCUCAGUAGAAGUGCUGGAACUCUGCUUGGGUUGCUAGGUGACGGGCGGAACUCUGCUGGGGUUGCUAAGUGACUGGCCGAAUUCUGCUGGGGUUGCUAGGUAUCGGGUUGAGCUUGGCAGGGGUCACUAGGUCAGGGGCAGUUCCUUCUGAUGUGUGACUUUACAUUCUAAAGGUAUUUCAAAUGACGCACCAAAAAACAUGAAGUGGUUGCCUAAAAUGGCUGGGUUGUUUUUCUAGGUGUUUGGUCUGUUUUUGGAAGCAGUAGAAGCCCCAAAUGGAAGUAUAAAAACUUGCAAAAUGUGAAUUUUCCAUUAUACGUCCAUUUUUUUUAAUCUGCUCUCUGAACUUCCUCAACAUCUCCGGGUUUCAUCCUCCUGUUGAGCUGAAGAACAUCUUCUCUCCCAGUCUCUGUUCCACAGGGUUCAGCUGGAUCCGCUGGAGAAGGACUGGCUGAGGAGUUCAGCUGUGGGAAACAUGGCCGCUCAGCGCCUGCUGCUCGCUCAGGACCCCGGCCUCGUGUUGAAGAAGACGGCACUCCACUGGGCAGCAAAGCAAGGCCGUCAGGAGGCCGUGGACAUGAUGGUUCACUCUGGAGCCGAUGUCAACGUCCGAUCGGGUUACACCGCUCUUCAUCUCGCCUCCAUUCACGGACAUCAGGAGGUUGUUCAGACCCUCAUCAGCACAUACAAUGCUAAAACGAACAUCAGAGAUUACCAUGGGAAGACAGCGGUUCAGUACUGGAGCGGCUCCACGGACAUCUUCAGCAAAGCAGAUCCUCACACAAGCAGGACGUUUUGCCCCGGUCGCCGGACGCAGCGCUUUGCUCUACCCUCACUGCGUCUUUCUCGUUCUCGCAGUCAAGGACAGCUCCACCUGGAGUUUGGGGCGGUGCAUCAGUCAGCGUCCUAUGAAGCAUUGGACCUCCAUGUUUGACUUCCUGCUGGGGUUUUGUUAAAAGUCACCUGAGAACUGUGUGCAGUUUCUGUACAUGCAGUGAUGAAUUCUCAACUAGAAAGAUAUGGUACCUAAAUACAAUACUUUUUUUUAAUUUUAAAAUCUUAAUUUUACAUUUAGUUGCAAUUUUCAUUCUCUUUCAACUUUCUUAUUUUAAAUACUUAAAUGGUAUUACCCUCAUUAAGCUCCAUAGAAAAUUUUACAUAACUUGUUGUGUACAUCCGCUUGAAAAUAAAGAGUUAGAGACAAAUAUAAUGCAAUGUUUCAAGUGACUAUGCCAAGUUUGAGUAAAAACUUGUUAAAAAACAUGUGUCAACGUCUUUCUUUCACACUCAUGAAUGUCUUCAUUAACUUG